GGCAACAAGGAUGGUUAGCGUUGACUGUACUUGUCUGUUCCGUAAAAAGGCUAUCCUACCUGGCAGCUAUUUGUACUUUUAUACUUGCCGACCCCGUUUUUUUGAACUGUGGUCACCAAAUGAAGGGAUUGUGGCCUGGAAAGGCCCAUCUAUUUUGUUCAUUGGAUAGGGAGUGGGGACAGUGUCCCCGGCGAUUUCAAAAGAGGGAACAUUGACCAGGGAGCACCGCUGCGGCCGUUAAGAGGAGCAGGAACCGGAGCCCGGGCUGAAUCCGAAAAAAGCCGGAUCCGGACGGUGGGAAGUGGAAGAUGGAGGAAACAGAGGAGCCGGCAGAUGGUGGGAAGUCUCUGCCGCCGGUUUACAUUUACAGUCCUGAGUAUGUCAGCAUUUGCGACUCUCUGGCCAAGGUCCCAAAACGGGCCAGUAUGGUCCAUUCUCUGAUUGAAGCAUACGCCCUGCCCAAGCAAAUGAGGGUAGUGAAGCCCAAGGUGGCCUCCAUGGAGGAGAUGGCCUCCUUCCACACUGAUGCCUACCUGCAGCAUCUCCAGGAGGUCAGCGAAGAAGGCGAUGAUGAUCACCCGGACUCUGUAGAAUAUGGGCUAGGUUAUGACUGCCCAGCCACUGAAGGUAUAUUUGACUAUGCUGCAGCUGUAGCAGGGGCUACCAUCACAGCUGCCCAGUGCCUGAUCGAUGGAAUGUGCAAAGUAGCAAUCAACUGGUCUGGAGGGUGGCAUCAUGCAAAGAAAGAUGAAGCAUCUGGUUUUUGUUAUCUCAAUGAUGCUGUCCUGGGAAUAUUACGAUUGCGACGGAAAUUUGACCGUAUUCUCUAUGUGGAUUUGGAUCUGCACCAUGGCGAUGGUGUGGAAGAUGCCUUCAGUUUCACCUCCAAAGUCAUGACUGUGUCACUGCACAAAUUCUCCCCAGGAUUUUUCCCAGGAACAGGUGAUAUGUGUGAUGUUGGCCUGGGGAGGGGACGGUACUACAGUGUAAAUGUGCCCAUUCAGGAUGGCAUACAGGAUGAGAAAUAUUACCACAUCUGUGAAAGUGUACUGAAGGAGGCAUACCAAGCCUUUAAUCCCAAAGCAGUGGUCUUGCAGUUGGGAGCUGAUACCAUAGCUGGUGACCCCAUGUGUUCCUUUAACAUGACUCCGGUGGGAAUUGGCAAGUGUCUUAAGUAUGUCCUUCAGUGGCAAUUGGCAACACUCAUUUUGGGAGGAGGAGGCUACAACCUUGCCAACACGGCUCGUUGCUGGACAUACUUGACCGGGGUCAUCCUAGGGAAAACACUAUCCUCUGAGAUCCCAGAUCAUGAGUUCUUCACAGCAUAUGGUCCUGAUUAUGUGCUGGAAAUCACGCCAAGCUGCCGGCCAGACCGCAAUGAGCCCCACCGAAUCCAGCAAAUCCUCAACUACAUCAAAGGGAAUCUGAAGCAUGUGGUCUAGUUGACAAAAAGAUAUCGGGUUUCCAGCACUGAGAAGCAGUGCCUGUAAUGAAGACAGCGUGUUUAUGCGAGCAGUUUGUGGAAUUUGUGACUGCAGGGGAAAUUUGGAAGAAAUUACUUCCUGAAAAUUUCCAAGGGGCACCAAGUGGCAGCUGGCCUCCUGGGGUGAGGAGGCAGGCACCCUAGGGUAUUCAAGUACACCUAAGGAAAGAGAGAGAUAUCCAAUGUUUAAAGUGUUUAUUUUAAAAAUACACACAAAAUGCAGUUUUUAAUUGUUGAAAAUUAUUUUUAAGUGAAUUGGGGAGGGAGUUAUUUUUAUUUUCUUAAAGGGGACAAGCUGGAGGAGAUUAUAAAAUUUUGAUCACCAGUUUGUGGAGCAGGGAGUAAUUGAGAGGUACGGUUUGGGUCUCAGGACUAUCUAGGUGGAGGAGAGGAAUGAUCUGAUCAUCAGACUGGAAGGAGUUGUUUUAGGUUAUGAAUUGUUUUGUUU